UUUAAUUAUUUUACAGGAUGAAUGUAGAUCACAGAUCCAUGAAAUUAAAACUAUGUAUUUAACAUUUCUUACUUUCUGUAAUUUUAAUGCUUGAAUUUUUAUUUACAGAAUUUUCAGAUGAAGUUUCAGGCUAGAAUGAAUUAGUGACACCCUUCUUUUCUGUGAAUCAUUAUGCUAAGAAGUGAGGAGUCUUCCCGCUGAAAAACUGCAUGAUGAACCCAAACCUGCGAGGGCCUUUCCCUGGCCCCCUCCAUGGACCUAACUUUGGUGUUGGUCAAAUGAACCAACCAAUCAUUCCUAACAUGAAUCUGAUGCCCAACACUUCAAAUGAUCAAUUCAACAUGAACCCAGGCCAAAUGAAUAUGAAUAUGGGCCAAAUAAAUUCUAACAUGGGCAAUAUGAACCUUAGUAGGGGUCAUAUGAAUCCUAAUGUUGGGCAAAUGAACCCAAACAUUGGUCAAAUGAACAAUAUUAGAGGUCAAAUGCAACCAAACAUUGGGCUAAUGAACCCUAAUAUAGGCCCAAGAAAUUUUUACUCUGGCCCAAUGAACCAAGUCAUUGGUGGCAUAAGUCACAACAUGGACCCUGCCAGUCAGAACCAUAAUCUCAUGAACCAGACAAUGGGUUCAAAUCUGGCUAUACAAGGACAAAUGAACCCUGUACCCCAGCAGCUGAUUGUCCGACCCUCUCAGCCCACCCUCAGACCUCCUGGGGAAGAACAGACCCGCAGGUCUUCUCAAGAUGGAGCUGAGAUUGUGGCUCCUUUCAAGCACCAGGAGAAGAUGUUCCUGCCUGGCGUGUGUGUGUCGCUGCAGGAGGCGCCCCUCAGGCAGAUGCUACUGGCCCACUUGGGCCCUAUCAGCGCAAGGACAGGGGUCGUCCCCCAGCUCCGUGGCGGGGGCCUCUCAGGAGAGAAACUUCAUUUUUAUGUUGGCUCUAAUGAUGAACGGAGCUUUGCGGAGGCCAAGCGCUUGGUCAUCGUGCUAGUGCAGUCAGUCGUGGCAGAGAUGCAGGAGCUCAUGGCAGAGCAGGCAGAGGCGGCUGAUGUCUCCUCCUCCCCAGCACCACAAACAUCUUGUGUUCCUUCAUCCCCAACUGCUGUAGUCACUACUGCAGCUGCACCAAUUACGCCUAUUUCAGCUGCAGCAACUGAUGCUCCAAAGACUACAACUCAGACUAUUGGCAACUUGCAGCUGAAGCCUGGAGGACAGCCUCGCGGCAAGCUGCCUGUACCGAAGAGCAUCGAAGACCCAGUAAAUGUUUUUGGCUCUGUUAAUGUUGCUACCAUUUCCCAAGAAGAAAAGCAGGAAAAAGUUAAAAAUGCAAUCGCUGACCAGAAGUUCAUUUUUGAGAAUAAGUUGAGAACAGUGAACCCUGUGACCUCACUGGACACUUCAGGUGGAGGUGAUGAUGUGGAGGUGGAGGUGGUGCAAUCGAGUACUCAGGCGGAGCAGGAGCGCAAGCGCUUGGAGCAGUUGCAGAAAGCCGUUGACAUUCUUGGGUGUCUUGAUAAGCGCAAGGAAGUGCCUGAAAGCAUCAGCAGCCCUCCCCUGAUUGUGAGGGAGGUCAUCCACAACUCCCCCCCAAGGGGACCUCCCUUGCAACACAUCCCCACACCCCAGUCCCACAGGGGGCGCUGGGUAUCAGGGGCAGCAGCGGCCUUCCCCCAGCGGCAAACCAGCUUGCGGCUGGAGCCCAAAACAGGAACCCUGCCUGCCCACCUCCAGCAGCGGCUGGGAGAUAAGGGACCCCCUGACCCCAACCCCAACCCCAGCCCCACCAAUAAGCGAAGUAGGAGGAGGAGAAACAAGAACAAGCGCCAUGAAGAUGAGGUUCAGGUGAUUUCGGAAAAACGCGUUCCCCACAUUGAGGUUGAGAACUCAACCCCCGCCCUUCCUCCCCCUCCUCUCAUUGACCCCGCACUUGAUUACCUCUACAACCCCACCGUGGUGGACACCAUCCAGCGCACCAAGGAGGGAGCAAAGGGAGAGCAGGAGGGCAGGCUGCAGGUUGCCUACCUGCCGGACGCUGACAUCUUUGGGGAGAGCGAGGAGCCCUACAGUGACCUGCUCUCCCCCCCACCAGAUCAAAGGCAGGAGAGGAGGCGGGAUGGCCGAGGGCGGGGUUUCCGUGAACCGCCUCGUGGUUGGCAUCCUGAAGCUCCGCCUCUCCGCGGUGGGAUGGCUAAUCAGCGACGAGGUUUCCCACACCCGCGAGGAAACCUCCAACGUCGGGACAGCUUCCCACCUCGACACGAUGACCUUGUCCACCGACGGAAUAUUCCCCCACAUCGGUAUGGGGAUGCCUCCCGUUACGAUGAAACUCCACCCCCUCGUCGCAAUUCAGCCAAUCAGGAACCACGUUUUGGAGACACUCCUCCCACACGCCGCACAUCAACCAAUCAAGAGUCCAUGCGGCCUAAUGACACUCCUCAACCGCGCCGUACGUCUACUAAUCAGGAUGCACCGCGUCAAGAUGCUCCGCCUUCUCAUCGAAACUCGUCCAAUCCUGAGCCUGCUAGCGCUGAAGCCGAGCACGCAAUAAUAGAAGAGAAACUGCGCGCAAAUUUCGAGCGCGAGCGCAGCCUGGAGCGCAGGGAGAAGUUAUUGGAGCAGCGCGAACGCCAGGAGCGCGAUGCGCGACGGGUGCGGUACGAGAGGUACGAGCGCGAGCGUCGCUUCGAGAAGGCAAGGCGGGACCGCGAGAACUGGGAGAAGAGCGAAGGCGAGCGGCGCGAGAGAUACGAGCGCGAGAAGGCCUUCAUGGAGGAGCGCGAGCGCGAAGUGUAUGAGCGAUAUGAGCUCGAGCGAAGGAAGCGAUUCGAGGGCGAGCGGCGUGACUGGGAGGAGCGAGAGCGACGUAAAUUGAGGGAGGAGCUUGAGGAAGAGAUGGCGGCCGAAAGGGAGGCCAAAAUGGGUGGACGGACUGGGGAUCCCGUGGUUUACGUCAGCAACGUCUGCCCCGCCAGCGACGAGGCGACGCUCCAUCGUCACUUCUCGCACUACGGCAACGUCACCAGAGUCGUUAUCAUCCGAACCCGCCAGAAGAACGUCCUACAGGCUGAGGUUCACUUCGAGAAAUGGGCCCAGAGCAAUCGGGCCGUCAGGGCCAUACCUGGGGCCCAUACAGUUGAUGGGUACACGCUGCGGGUGGGGCUGGACCCCCCACAGAUCGGGGGGGCCAUCACUCGCAUGGACGAACUCAAGAUCCAGCGCAAGCCUGAGAGCUUCGACGAGAUUCUCCUCAAGUACAAAAUGCAGGCCGAGAUCAAGAAAAGCCUCGGAAGAGUGGGCCAAACUGGGCCCACUAACCGGGCCAAUCAGACAAUGGGACGUCCCGCCCCUCCCGUGGGCCGGGUUGACCCACUUAUACGCAAGUCUAAACCGCCACCACCGAGUGAUGACGUCAUUAUAGUUGCCGUGGACCCGGCCCCAGCCGUUGCCCGAACACCCUUAGCCCCUCUAGACCCCCUAGGGAAGGAAGUGGCCGAAAAGCGACCGAUGUACUACGAGAAAAGCGACAUACAAAAACAAGUUUUUUCGGAAACCCUCAAGAAAAUUUCGUCUUCUGAGAAGAAACGCAACCGGGACCGUAAAUUGAUCAUGGUCCUAGACCCUGACAUGCCUUACCAUGACGGGUCCUUGGUGGCCCAGUGCGAGUACCCCAUCCUAUCUGGGGCCCUAGACUCGGAGUCCUGCCUCGACAUGGUCGUGGCCCACCACAACGCCCUAGGGGCCCGGGGCCCGCACUUGUACGUGUACGUCGUGAUGCCCUCACUGGGGCUAUUGAGUGACCACAUGGUAGGGGAAUUACUUCCCCAUGCCGUGAGGAAAAGCGUGCUGAAGGCUGAUCACCUGCAAGCGUUUGCACACCGCCAGGCGCUGAAGCGCCUCGUCAAGUCCCUGCACAAGCACCUGAAGAGAACUGCAGCUGCUGAUCCUAAGUACCUGGCGGCAGAGAUGCAGAUGUGGUUACAGCUGCUGGCUACAGCUGCAGCUGAUCUGGACGCGUUCCUUGCAGCUGUACAGAGGGACGACAAAAGCGUCAGGGACGCCAAGAUGGACGACUCGGAUGUCCCCAGACAGGACGGUGAAGGUUCGCUACCGACGAAGUCUGCGACGCUGGUGGCUCUAUUUGAAGUCCUUGCCCGCCUCGUCAAGUCCCGACAUGCCCAAGUCCCAGACGUCGAGAUCCUCGUCUCCGACGUGGCAUCAGGGGAUGAACCAAACCCGGGGACCGUGGGGAACAAACAACCCCAAGGGAGUGGGAAAUGCUCUAAAGAUGGGGAGGUGUUACAGCUGCUCAUGAGGCGGAUGCUGCACGAGCAUCUGCUGCUGCGUACAGCUGCUGUAGCUGCUACUGCAGGUGCAACUGGCAUUGCAGGUGCAGAUGGAGCGCCUAAGGACAGCCUGGCAAUUGCCUUCACGGAGUUCGCCUUAGAUUGGAUUUCCUCCAAAGAAGUCAAGAAGGCCCUGGCCCAACUCAAGAAAGUGAAGUUGUUGGAGAAGCGCGAGGACCAGGAGGAGGUGGUCGCCUGCCUCUUCAAGGGCGUGCGUCUCCUGAACUGCCUGAGCCGCGGCGCCUGGUGUCAGCUGGGCUGCCCCACGCCCCUCGUGGCGUCCCUCAACGACACCCUCAGGGAGGAAGGGGAGGUCGAGGAAGGGGAAGUUGACGGGGAUGAAGCUCCUUCUGCUGGGGAGAUAACCACAAGUGAGGGCAAGACAGAGAUGGAGAAGAUUGUCCUGGAGAGACAACGAGUUGAGAAGGAGAAGCAGCUGCUCCAGGAAGAGAAGAGGAAGGUGGAGCAGAUGAAACGCUCCAUGGAGGAAGAGCGGCGUCAGCACCUUCUGCUGAUGGCCAAGACGGCCCUGAGUAACGUGCCAUCUGUCCAGGUUAUUCCAUCUGGAAAACAGGGUGCGAAAAUCCAGAAGGCGUCUAUUGAUGCGACCAGCCACCAAAAAGCCGCUAAAUCAACAAAAAAUGUUGCCCCUUUACAACCAGCGGCUAAACCCAGGGUUGGGGGAGCUGAUAAGGAACCAACAGGACCCAACCCCCCAGGGGGAGGUGGGGCGUUGGGCGUCGUGACGUCGGGCACGCAGCAAGAGAUGGAGGACCUCAAGCGGCUGCUGGAGGAAGAGCUUGCGGCCAUCGGCGUCAGCGCGGACGAAGUCAUGGCUGACGACACUCUUCCUGCUGGAGCUGAUGACGCUCUUCCUGCUGGGGCUGACGAAGGCCCUAGUGCUGCGGCUGAUGACGCUCUACCUGCUGGGGCUGACAAAGCCCCUACAGCUGCGGCUGAUGAAGCCCCUAGUGCUGGAGCUGGCGUUGGGGACACUCCUCCUGCCCGAAACGAUGUCAUCAGCGAGCCAGACGAGCCCGCUGCAGAUCCCCACAUGGAGGAAGGGGAGCUUACUUCACCUCCCCGGAAGCGCUCGUCCAACAGACGAGGCAGGCGACAUCAGCGCAACGCAGACGACGUGUCUGACGUGUCGGACGCCCCCAUGCUGUCUGACGACGACGACGCCGGGACGAAGAGUGAAACGUUGCUUGAGUUCGCGGAGUUACCGCCACCUGCCACUGCCCUAUCACAUACACCCCCACCACCUGUUGCCGUCCAACCACCUGUCACCAGCCAACCAGCUGUUAACGGUAAACCAGCUGUCACCAGCCAACCCCCUGUCGGCGGUCAACCACCUGUCAGUGGUCAACCACCUGUUAGCAGUCAAACACCUGUCAGUGGUCAACCAGCUGUUAGUGGUCAACCACCUGUCACCAGCCAACCGCCUAUCAGCAGUACACCACCUCCUAGCGAUCAACCACCUGUCAGCGGUCAACCAGCUGUCACCAGCCAACCACCUGUUGUCAGCGGUCAGCCACCUGUCAGUGGUCAACCAGCUGUUAGUGGUCAACCACCUGUCACCAGCCAACCACCUGCCGCAGCUGCAGCUGCCUCAACUUACUGGUCCAUCAAGCAGAAGCUCAAUUCAAAGAAAAAACUGUCAAAAGCUGAAAUCCAGGCGAUGAUUGGUCCUAAGCACGUUUCUCCGUCGUCCAAUCAGAAACCUCAAAACGAUUCUAAGCUAGCAUCUGAUUGGUCGGUUCCUGAUGAGUUGGCUACCUCUGAUUGGUCGACUGCCAAGCGGCAGACUAAAGAUGCUGCUGAUUGGUCAGCAACUGAGCAGCCGUUGAAAACGGGCAGUGAUUGGACGAAGGCUUCAGAAGAAUCUGGUGAUUGGCUGACGACGAUGCAGAACAUGUGGGGCCGAGGGGACAAAUAUAAGGGAAAGGAGAGGCGCAACAAAGGGGGUUACCUCAUGGCUCCCCCACCCCUCCUCUCCCCCGAGGAGGAGAUCAUCGAGAACAAGAGGAAGAGGAAACCGCGCCAGCGUCGUGACCUGCACAGCGACCUGCGCAAGGCGGCCAUCGGUGGCCCCACAGCCCCAGAGGACAGGAUUGGCCCCAACGCAGCCCAGUUCCUGGCGGACGAGGAGGCCUACCAGGCCUCACUGGGGGGGCGGGGCAAGCGGACCCGGGGGGAGGAGGACGGGGAGGAGGGGGAUCACACCCCCGCGGCAGAACAGCCAAACAAAAAACAAAAGACGAACAACAAAAACAACAACAGCAAUGCUGUGUCGGUGCCGUACCUGCGCUACGUGCCCGACAACCACGACUUCCGUCAGUUCCUGUAUUGCUACAGCAACAAACACCGCCAGCGUCUCACCAAACUCAAACAACUCCAGCAAAAACUCCCCGUUGUGGAGGCCCCGAUGUUGACGCGGGCCCCAGUCAACAUCUGCUCCUUCGUGGUGCUGGUGUCCCUCCAGGGGCCCGAAGGAGGCCUUGCCCUCAAGUGGGCCCACGACCUGGCCCACACCUUUGGCUUGGCCCACCUACCCGUCCGCCACCAAGGUGGGUUGCUGUCCCGCCUGGGCCCCACUGGCACUGGGGACUGUCCCGCCUGGGCCCCACUGGCACUGGGGACUGUCCAGCCUGAGACCCACUGUGACUGUCCCGCUAGGGCCCCACUGAGGACUGUACGAAGUGCCAUGCUCGUUUGUCGCCCCCUGCCGCCCGUCACCCCUGACGCCCGUCACCCCUGA